GCCACAAAGCCAGGCGAGAGUUUCAACGCUGAGCUGAUUCUUUUAGAUGUCCAAGCACAUCUAGGAAGCCCAAAUGCCGAAGAAGAUAAGGAGUAUAAUCUUAUCGUAAAGUUCUUGAGUGGUGAUGCAUUAACAAGUGAAAUAAUAAAAAGGUGUGGGUAUCACAUCAAAGAAUUUAUGAUGUACUCUGAAGUUGUGAAGGAAUUAAACGACUUUCAAGCCGAAAGGGCUAACAAUGAAUUCCGACUAGACAUCCCCGAAUACAUAUAUGGUAAAUGUACUGAUAAGGAAUAUGUCCUAGUUAUGCAGAAUAUUAAGGUGCUGGGGUAUGAAACUGGUCCUAAGAAAGAAGGACUUGAGUUCCACCAUGCAAAAUUGGCUGUGAAUCAUAUUGCACGAUUGCAUGCUGUGUCCUAUGCUUAUGAUAAGUCCCAUAAUUUUCUGGAGAAGUACUCAUGUUUCAAAUUUAGCAAUGCAAUUAGCAGUUUUUUCAAGCCAGUUGUAUGGGCAUCUUUAUUAAAUAGCAUCAAAUUUCUAAAAAGUAAGAAGGGUUAUGAAGAUAUGGUUCAUAAGUUAGAGACAGGGAAAACAACACUCCCUGUUAAGUUUGCAGCAAUGUGGGAUGAUCAAACAAGACAUAAAUUUUUAUGUCUUACCCACGGGGAUUUUUGGAACAGUAAUUUGAUGUAUAAGCACAGUGAAGGAAUGCAGGAUGAAAUUCGUAAGAUUGAAUCUUUGAAACUCAUUGAUUGGCAAAUAUCUCAGUGGAAUAAUCCAGUGUUUGACCUCCAUUAUAUGUUGAAUACAUCUACCUCAUUUGAAAUGAGAAGAGACCAUGCAGAAGAAAUUUUAAGACAUUAUCAUGCAACCUUUACAGAUGCAACAAAUAAACUAGGUACCCCUGUACCUAAUUGGAAUUAUGAACAAUUCAGAGCAGAGUUUGACAGAACAUCACUUGUAGGUUUCCUCAUGGGAAUGUGUCUCAUUCAAGGAACACUAAGUAAAGCUGGAGAAACUAUCAACCAUUCAGGGUCUACAUGCCUUAAUAAUGCUUGCUGCUAUCCUUGUAAGGUUGUGGUUGACAAAAUCAAAUCUGGCUUGGCCAAAAUAAUUGUAUCGUUUGCAUUCAAACCAUCCUCAGAAUACUUUAUGCGAGCAAGUGUUAAAAGUGUAUUGAGUCCAAUUGGCCAAGAGUUGGUAGAGGGGAGUAAUGAGGUACUGAAUAGACGUCUUCUGGACCUCUUGACAGAAGCAGAUGAGAAGGGAGUACUUGAUGUCCUCAUGUUGUAAAAGUACAUGACAUAAUGUCCAAUAUACUGUCUUUCUUGUCAUUCAGGUAAUUUAACAUUUUGAAUAAAGGUAUAAGUAUAAAGGGACCUCUGUUAUGCAAAGAGGACCCGUAAUAGAUAUUUUUGUACUCUGUAAUUGCAAGUUAUGAUAGUAUGCAGAAAGGCAGUGAAAUUGUAUUUAAAAAGUAGUUAGUAGAAAAAAAGUAUUAUAUAGAUAGUAUUGGAUGCAAAUCAGGGGAUAAGAGUACUUCUACUUUGUAGUACUACCUAAUCAAAGAGAAUAAGUUAAGUCGAUUCUGUGCUUCCUUCAUGGGAUUGCAUUAAGACAACAUGAUUAUUACUCUUAUAGUAUACUCAAGUGUUUUAACCUUGACACAAAGCAAUAUUUUUGCUGCAUAAUUUUCAUAAAUAUUUGUUGCUAAAUUUGUAGCAGCAGUAAGGGUGUAUUUUAUUUUUUUAGAUAUUUAUACCUAAAGUUUUAUCAAGAAUCCAUAUCACAUUUGAGAUGUGUGAAUGGCUAUUAUGUAUCAUUCUUGUGCCUUAAAUCAAAACCUGUAAUACAUGACACUUGUUUUUAACAUUAAACAAAUUUAAGGUUUGUUUAUGCUAUGGUAAUGUUAAGAGUAUUUUUUGAACAAAGUUGUAGUUAAGAAUUAUUCUAAUUUUAUAUACAGAAUUUCAGGUUUACUGAAGUCACGAAAAUUUUCAUAUUGACUUUUUUAUGUAGUGUAUAUUAUGAAUUUGGUGCAUUUGUGUAGUAUGCAUGUAAAAGGCAUAUUUUUGCAAGAGAAAAGUGUACAGGAUUAGAUAAAAGAAAGUUUCUAUUUUCCAUAAAUCUGUAUCAUAGAUAUAUGAAUGAGUGAAAGAUAUGCAGUGAGUCUCAUAUGUAUGAGCAGCACAUUUGUUCAGUAUAUAUACAGAAUAGUAAAGACAUAAGAGAAAAUAUUUUGAUUUAUGUCUUCUUUAGGGUGAAGUAGUAUUUAUUUCAAAGAGAUUUUUUCCUGUUGUUUUCUGUGUAGUUGUAUGCUGAUAAUGACCAACAUGUAUAAUGCAUGUGUCAAGGCAGUUUUGAUUUGUGUGGCUUUUGUUUUGUUGAGAUUUUUUGUGAAAUAAUUGUUAUUCUCACUAUUUGUUCUAAUAUUGGCAAAUCCAUAGUUGGAGGGUCUUUGAUAGACUUAGGUUUUAUUUUUUUAUUUCUCAUGUAUGCAGAUUCAUUAUUGGUAAAAUGAUAUACAUCAAUAUUUUCAAAUGCAUUGCAAGAGGGUAGUGGGUAAUAUAUAAAACUUAUCACUGAAUAAGUCAGUUUUUUUCAUUUCUAAUGAUGUUGCCUUGCCAUAGGUGAAAGACGUACAAUAACUUUGCACAUCACAGUAUUAUUUGAAAUGUAAAUUUAUUUCAUUCUAAAUUAUGUUACUUACAUAGUAAAUUAUAUUUAUAUUCAUGAAAAUGACAAGGCAAAUAUAAAGUUAGUAAUGUAAGAUAUAGAGCAGGUUAUCAUGCAGGGUUUCUUAAUGACAGAAAUACUAUUGUAGGCGAAGCUUAUUAUUGUAGCAUAUCCUAGAGAAAUUUUUAAGUAGAGAAUUUUAAAAGAUUGCUUCAGCUUGAGACAUUGUCCAAUACAAAGGCUUGUAGUAAACUAACGUUUGGUCAUAAUGUUUUCUUCUUCUUCAUCAUGUUCUUCCAGGUUUGUCAAUGUUGAUAUCUCUAGGUUUUACUCUUUUUGCUUAACUUGUAGAUGUGGAAAAAAAACUACAAGAUGUUCAUUGUAGUCAGUUUCAUUGUUUUGCUUUCUCUCGCUUCAUUUUGUUCACCAUUGUUGUCAGUUCCUUUGUCAUCUCUGCUGUUUCCAUUAUUAUUACUAUUAUUAUACUUGAAAUCACUUUUGUAA